AUGCAUAUCAAAGAGAAGCUCGCCCAAAAUGAAGCGGCCGGAAGGACGGGGAUUUCCUUCGAAUUUUUCCCACCCAAGACGGCCCAAGGUGUCCAGAACCUCUAUGACCGAAUGGAUCGCAUGCACGCAUUAGGCCCUUCCUUCAUUGAUAUCACGUGGGGCGCUGGUGGCCGACUAUCGGACCUGACCUGCGAGAUGGUCAAUGUUGCGCAGUCGGUGUAUGGCUUGGAGACAUGCAUGCACUUGACUUGCACGGAUAUGCCGCUGGGGAAGGUGGACGCUGCGCUCCAGGCUGCGUACAAGGCAGGCUGCACCAAUAUUCUGGCUCUCCGCGGUGAUCCUCCGCGUGAGAAGGAGGCCUGGGAAGCCACAGACGGGGGUUUCCGCUAUGCGAAAGAUUUGGUACACUAUAUCAGGGGCAAGUAUGGCAACCACUUCGAUAUUGGCGUUGGAGGUUAUCCUGAAGGUGCGGAUGAUAACCCGGAUGUGGAUCAGUUGAUCGACCACCUUAAGGAAAAGGUCGAUGCUGGCGCUUCAUUUGUCAUCACUCAGAUGUUCUACGACACGGACAACUUCAUCGAAUGGGUCAAGAAGUGCAGAGACAGGGGAAUCAACGUGCCUAUCAUCCCCGGUAUCAUGCCGAUUCAGACCUAUGCUGCAUUCAUUCGGCGAUCGAACUGGACCAAGGUUCGCAUUCCCCCCGACUGGCUCGAGGCACUGGAACCAGUGAAGAAUGACGACGCGGCCGUGAGAGAUAUUGGGAAGCGGCUUAUUGCAGACAUGUGUAGGAGACUUAUUGCGGCUGGUAUCAAUCACCUGCAUUUUUACACUAUGAAUCUUGCGCAGUCUACACAGUUGGUCCUUGACGAGCUCAACCUUAUGCCGUCCGAAGAGACACCGAUCCAGAGAGCUCUGCCUUGGCGGCCAUCGCUUGGUCUCAACCGCAGAGCGGAGGAUGUCCGUCCGAUCUUCUGGAGGAACCGGAAUUCAUCUUACAUCGCUCGCACGCAGACCUGGGACGAAUUCCCGAACGGUCGCUGGACCGAUUCUCGCUCCCCUGCUUUCGGUGAACUCGACAGCUAUGGCAUAGGCCUCAAGGGUACAAACGAACAAAACAUCAAGCUUUGGGGAGAACCCAAGUCUAUCCGGGAUCUUACUCAUAUCUUCGUCAGCUUCCUGGAAGGAAAACUGGCGCGGUUGCCCUGGAGUGAUACCCCUAUCACCACCGAAGCGAACGCAAUCAAGGAGAGUCUUGUUGAGCUGAACAAGAAGGGGCUCUUCACGAUCAACUCCCAACCGGCCGUGAACGGCGUCAAAUCUUCUCACCCCGUGUAUGGAUGGGGACCCAAGAACGGAUACGUUUACCAAAAGGCAUACCUCGAGCUUUUGGUCCCCCCUUACCUACUCGAUGAGCUGAUCGCUCGCAUCGAUAAGAACGGUGACCUUACGUACCAUGCUAUCUCAAAGACUGGUGAACUGCGGACCAACACCCGUGACAGCCCCAACGCCUUGACAUGGGGUAUCUUUGCAGGAAGGGAGAUCGUUCAGCCCACUAUCGUGGAGACCGUCAGUUUCUUGGCCUGGAAGGACGAGGCGUACCGUCUCGGUGAAGACUGGGCCAAGUGUCAUGAGGCCUCCAGCCCCAGUAGAAAGUUGAUUCAAGGCGUUAUGGACAGCUGGUACCUUGUCAACAUCGUAAACAACGACUUCCACAAUACCAGCAACCUGUUCGAUCUAUUCAAGGGCCUGGAUGUCCAAGAUCUCGAUACUGAAAUCCCCGUCGAGAACGGUGAGCCCAAAACUCACACGAACGGAGCAGCAAAUGGAACGACCAACGGCGUUACUAAUGGAGCAGCCCCGGACACUGCAGUGAAGAACUAG